CCUUGAUUACAUCUGUUGAGGGUUGGGUGUCGGGAAAUCGAGUACAAUUAUGACGGCAAGUUAAGAGUCUACUACACCGCCCUGGGUGUCUUUCUGCCGCGCACACAGCCUCGCCGCUCCGCUCUGUCCCGUCCCGACUCGACUCGGACCGGUGAGGGCGCGGUCUCCCACGCCCCUCUGACGUUGUCGGGAUUUUUGUCGACUUUCUUCCGUUGUUGGGAAACACAAGCGAGUGGAACUGGGACCUGGUGACUGAGUUCGUGGGUGCUGCCUCCCCUCCUGAGGACGAUGCUGGACUUGGUGCCGCCGCUCUUGUUGUUGCUCUGCCUGCCCGGCUGGCUGACGCUCCCGCUGCCGUUCGAAAUUCACGAGGACUGCGAUAACUCCUCGGUGAACCUUCAGCCACCAAGUGACUUGACUGUGGCAUGGAGAGGGAUUGGCUUAAUUAAUUAUAGCUGGUCUCCAAGUCAUCUCAAAAAUACCACCAAGUAUACUUUAAGAUACGAAAGUUCAUUUAAAUAUGAUAGUGGUGAUUGGGAGGGAACAAAAGUAAAUCCUUUUUUGCACCGUGAAGAAGUCAUGUUUCUUAAUGAGGGUAUCCAUUUCCGAGUGAAGGCAUUGGCGUCAUUGAAUAUAGAGGAGAAUUCUAACCUACCUACUUGUCAACAAAGUGACUGGGUUGAUACGUAUAUAGAUGCCGUAAAAGGUGACAAUAACACCGUCGUCACAAACUUUACCUGCUUUUACUACAACUUUGAAUAUGUAAAUUGUACUUGGACUCCUGGAAGCAUGGCACCUCCUGACACGAUCUAUACAUUCCAUUACUGGCAAAAAAAGAUGGACCCUAUUCAGAACUGCACGGAAUACAUGUUGGAAAACGGCAAGCACGUAGGUUGCCAAAUUUCAAGUAACCAGUUCAAUGACGAGAAGGAUUUGAAUAUUCAAGUUUCAGGAAGAAGUGCCACUGCAAAGAUAAAACCCUUCUUCUACAAACUGGAAUGCCGUGCCUUUGUGAAACUGCAACCACCUGUGGUGAACGUGUCAGAGAUUCAUGAAAGGAUUUAUGUGAACUGGGAGAUCCCUGAGAGUUGGAACAGACGAUGUUUGGAGUAUGCAGUAAGAGUUAAGAGCAGCAAAGCGAAUUCCUGGAGAACCUAUACGACCAAAAUUCAAGAGAAGAACAUCACUGAUGCAGAUACCAAUUCAAAUAAUACCAUCCAGGUGCGAGUCAAGUACGUUACUUGUGGAAAAUCGGGUUUAUGGAGUGAAUGGAGUGAAGUGCGAUAUAUUGGACGGGACACCAAAGAAUGGAAUUGGAACAUUGCUUUACUUAUCUUCAUCCCUGUACUAGUGGCUAUAAUUGCAAUCGUCUGCCUCACAAACCUGAAGAAGCUUAGGAAGUGGAUCCUCCCACCAAUUCCCGAUCCCGGAAAACUGCUCAGGGGUGUGUUUGGAGACUCAAAUGGUGACAACACAAUAAGGAAUAAACAGCUCAAAGGAAGUUUGACUUUAAAACCGGAAAUGGAAUUGACCUGCAAUGUUACAACAGUGGAACAAUUGAAAUUUCCUGCAGAAAGUGAAAGGAAACUGAUUGUGAACGAAUGUUCAGAGGAAAAUAAGGAGGUCCCCAUGGACGAUGAUUAUAUGCAGUAUAACCUGGUGACAUUGUGAUCAUAGCACAUUCUUGUAUUUUGACACUUGUAUACUUUUGUUUUCUGAGUUGCAAACAGGACAUUGUGAUACACAAAAUCUACAGACUGAACCAUACAGAGCAAAGCCAGUGAGCAUCCAGAAUGCAAGAAUGAAGAAUCUCGAGCUGUCAGUCUCAUGAUUCUUAUCAUCAUUAUCCAACCUGACCACUCGGUCAGACACAGUGAUAGCUAUCACAGACUGCAUCAGCUGCAGUUCUCUGUUCUGGUUCGUCAUACCGAGGUCUGUUCUGGUCUCAUUUUGUACAACUGGCAAUUUGCCCUUGUGUCAGUGCUCUUGUCUGUCAGCCUCAAGCGGUGAGCUUGCGCCAGGUUUCAUUUGUAUCACUGGCUUACUUGUGCAGAUGAGGAGAGCAAACGAGUUCAGCACAGACUGUCCGUAAGAGCACGAACAUAUUGAAUGGAAUUCCAGUACCAUGAAGACCACAGAAGUUGUGUGUCACCAUGUUAACAUCACACAUUCACCAUUUGCUGACUAUAUCAGUGGAGGAUAAUGUAUAAGAAUUAUCGCACUGGCUCAUGUCUGCGCGUGCACCCCCCCCCCCAACCAUAAAACUACCUUCAAACUCCAAAUGUGUGUUUUUGAUUGGAAAUAUUAAAAUAGGGCUGUAACCUCUCAAUAACCUGGCAAUGAUUUACAGUGAAAUGUCAGUGGAGCACCUAUACAACUAAUACCAGCUGAUCUGGAGCAAUUUAAUGAACCUUACUGGUUGGUGGUUUCUGUUGAGUGAUCCAGGCUGUGUCCAUCUGAAACCAUGCAGUCGGAAAAGUAAAGGGUGGAGAUUGUGAAAUUGAGUAGGAAUGAUGAGCUAGAGUUGUGAAAUUAUCAUUUGUCUGGUGCCUCAGAUGGAGCUGGAACAUGCCUGUUCCAAAAUGUAAGUUUGAUGCAGUGGAUUUUACUUCAAAAGGCACCUUACAGCACCAGGAAUCUGUGCAUGUUGUAACUGGUUGGGCAUCAUGAGCAUUUUACUGAGCUCAGUGGCAGUUUAUCAACCACGCCCACCUGCAUCAGACCAUCUGAGAGAGUGGACUCCUUUGUCCACCUUCUGCUAUGGAAAAAACGCCAUCCCUCAGCAAACAGCUUUAUUUAAUUUGAGAAUAAUUCUGUCUGAAAUUUUGAGGGCUGUUGUUAUUAAGAAAUAUCUACUGCAUAUAACAUGAGGAUCUUUAACUCCAGUUAAGUCUGUAAUAAUUUUUUAAUUGUGUUUUUCUAACUGCUGUUGUGAUGGAGAAGGGAAAAGAAAGAAUAUCAAAAGAAAUUUUCUGCAGUGCUAUUUCAGGACCCAAAUUGUUAAAAAGUUCGACAGAGUGUGAAGCAUUUUUGAAGUGCAGAUACUCCAAAGGCAUUAUUUAGGCUGACAGUCAGGUCUCCCACUGAGUAUUGCUUCAUCAGAGCUUCUGAUAUUCAGAUCAUAAACUAAGCAAAAGCCUUGAAAGUCAAAGUCAAAAUAGUUCAAGUGCUGGUGGUGCAGGUAGUUGAUAUAUUUUCCUCACAGCACCAGAGAUCAAUCCUGACCUCCUCCAUUGUUUGUGUGGAAUGUGUACAGUCUCCCUGUGAAGGUGUGGGAUUCCCCUGAUACUCUGGUUUCUAUCCACAUCCCAAAGAUAUCCUUGUUGAUAGGUUUAUUGCCCAUUGUAGGUUGCCUGUUGUGUGCAGGUGAGAGAUUGAUGGGAAUGUGGGGAGAAUAAAAUGGGAUUGGCUCCUAUUAACUCCAUGGAUCAUGGUUGAUGGUUAAAAUGGUGUUUCUGGGUUUAACAGUCUGCUUCUUUACUCUGUCUGUAAGUGAAACAGAAAAUGCUGUAUACACUCAUUAUCUGUGAAAAUUAACAUUUCAGAUUAAAAACUUUGACUCUGUCUCUCUCGUCACAGAUGCUGCCUGA